AUGAAUAUAUCACAAAAUUUGGUGACUCUUAUGAGUCAAGUAAUCGAUCAAAACGUAUGGAUGGAUGUGAAGAAUGCAGAGACCGUAGAGUUGGCGUCAAAACUUUACGAAUUCAGCGAUGGAUCUAAUGUGAGAAUUAGUCUAAAACAUAAGAAUCGGUUAGUUUUGGGCGAUAGAGUUGAGUGUGUUUUCUGGGACUUUGAUCACAAGAAGUGGUCAUCAAAUGGAUGUCAUGUAAUGGAGAGUGAAUCCAAUCGUGAGAUAACUGAAUGGAUAGAACGAAAAGUCAGUGCUGCCCACCAGAGACAGUACUAG